AAACAAAGCCGUGAAAACAAAAAAGAUAACAAUUUGGCGUCUCAUGUAUAAUCGAUAACGAAGUAAAUAACAAUAUCAAGAUGUUAAAAAAGAAGAAAGGUGGGGGUGAGAAAGUACGGAAAAAGUGUGUAAACGAGAGAGAAACGGUAUCCUACGAACAACAAAUCCUAGACUACAAUAAACAAUUGUCACGACUACGCAGUCGAAAUGAAGAACUGGAAAACGAGGUGAAGGUCAUAACGAAAAAAUUUGAACAGCUGAAAGAGGAUCGAUCCGACGUCGUGGCGCAUUUGAAGCGUAACUUGGAAGAGAAGACGGAAGAGGCGCGAGAGUUGAACGAACGUUUGUCGGCUUUGGAGGAAUUACGAAAGCAGGAGCAAGCUGAAGCUAAAGAGAAAGAGAGUGCAAUGGAACUCGAGUAUCGCACUAUGGAGAAUACUUUAACCGCCGAAGUAAAACUCGCCGCUGGCAAGCUGAACGCAUUGGAAGAUUGGAGAUUAGCUCGUUUAGAUCUGAUGCAUAAAUUCGAGGCACAGGAAGAACGAAUUGCGAAGCAAGAGGAAUCGCACAAAACGGCACUCUACGAGACUGAGAAGUCUGUUAUCAUCACGAAAGCAAAAAUGCAGAAAGAAAUGGAAGAGCGGUUGAAGCAGCUCGCUCAGGAGUUCAAGAAAGCGACGAACAUCCGCAUAGCGGACAUGAUGCACAACGCGGUCAGGAGGAACAUCGCGCUGAAUCACGAGCUGAACACGAUGAUGAAAGUCUGCCAAGACUUGGAGACGCAGAGCGCGGAAUGCAAAAGCAACGAUCGUAUACUCAGAUUACAAUGCGAAUUGUUCGAGGCGGAGGCGAAGAUCGCGCUGGGCGAUGCCAUGAGGCAGAAACGCGCGAUGCACAAACUCGCGCACGAACACAUAGACCUGUUCCUCGAGUACGGAAGAUUGCAGCGAGAGAACGUGCGACUCAGUAAUUACGAGCAACUGAUGGACGAGUACAAGAUGAUAUGCGCGAUGUCAGAUGAGAAAGUGAAGGAUCUUGAGCUGCGCUUGCAGGAGGUGAAGAAAGCCCGGGAGGACGUUCUAGUGGAAGUGCGAGAGAAAUGUGCAGAGUUCGAUAAACUAAACGUCACUCUGAACGAAGCCAAGCGAUGCGUGCUGGAGACGUUACAGCUACAGAAACAGGACGUGUGUACGAGUGACAUCUGCAUCUCAUGUUGCGCCGAUCAGAAACAAAAGAUUAUACAUUCCCUACAAGAUAUAUUGGAGAAGAGCAAUAUUUCUGACGUAGAACACGAUGGCUUACAGGUAGACGAAGACGAAUUUCCAGACGCAAUCGUUGGAGACCCGAGAAUCAUGGAGAGCAGAGGAGAAGGAGGUAACAUCGCCAAGGCGCCAGGCGGGACGGGCGUCGCAGCUUUGAACGAUGACCUAGAGUUCUGGAUGACACGAUUUCCGGCAGCGCUCAAGAACAUACCCAUAAUACACCUGGCGAUACCCGGUUCCCACGACACGAUGACUUAUACGAUCGAGAGGCGCAACGACGUGGGGCCGGACGAACCCACCUUCAUCCGAACGCUUGGUCGUUACUGCUCGUUCGUUGCCAAGCCCAUUAUCCUAAAUUGGUCUAUUACACAGCGCGACGAUGUCAAGCAACAGCUCAACGGCGGAAUCCGAUAUUUGGAUCUACGCGUCGCCACGAAGCCGAGAAGCAAAGACAUAUAUUUCCUGCACGGCCUGUACGGUUCGGAGAUCAGCAAGCCGCUGAUGGACGUCGCCGACUGGCUCACCUCACACGCGAACGAAAUCGUUAUCCUGGACUUCCAACACUUUUACGCGUUUACCGAGGAAGAUCACCAUCGUUUUAUAGAAAGAAUCAAUCAGAUUUUCCGUGGGAAAUUGUGCCCGAUCUCAUCCAGGUUCGAUCAUAUCACGCUGCAGUGGCUGAUCGUGAGGCGGUAUCAGGUCUUCGUGAUCUACAGAAACGUCUACGCUCACAACUACACGAAUCUGUGGCCGUCUGGUCUCUGGCGCACCGUCUGGCCCAACACCGUCCGCGUAGAUGAGCUGAUCGACUUCCUGAACGUCGAGCUGCAGAGCAGGUCGUUGGACAUCGCCUUCGUGUCGCAAUGCCUCCUCACGCCGGACACAUCCUACGUUAUAAAGCAUCUCUGUGGUACCCUGCAGAGGGAUUUGGUACCGCUCUGUCGAAAGGCGGUUCUCUCUUGGAUCAACCAAAAACGACCAGGUCAUGGCGGGCUGAAUAUCGUCAUAGCGGACUUCGUGUCGGACAAUAACUUCAUGUUUUCCAAAACGGUCAUUCAGAGCAAUACGAAACUGCUGCGCGGCCCGGAAGCGUUCUAAACCCGUUUUUCGCGCUCUCGCUUACUUAAGAGUACAAACACAACAACGAUAACCUUGAAUAUAGAAGUCUUCACUAACGCAUCGUUCAAGAUAUCUCUAUGUUUGACGUGUUAAUCCGACACUGAUGAAGUAUCAUCCAAAGUACGCAAUAAUGAGUGCUUUCCAUUUGGUCGGCACAAACAUUAUCCUAUCUUUGUUACUCAUAGAAUAUGAAACAAAGACAGAAUGAUGCUUCUGUUAACUUGUAUACCUAUAUUAUAAAUGAAAAAUAUACAACAAUAGCGUGGUGUCGAUAUUCUUAAAUUUAAGACGUAUUAUUAAUUAAUGAGCAUAUAUUAUCUAAUCUAAAAUUAUUGUAGUCGAUUAUAUAUGUCUUUUAGCUAAAGACUGUAACACUUUGUUUGGAAAACACAGACAUGUUUGAUUAUAUAUAUUAUUAAUAAUAUCAUAUAUAUAUAUAUAUAUAUAUAUAUAUAUAUAUAUAUAUAUAUAUAUGUAAUAUUUUCUCAACUUUGCACUCUAGAAUAAGUUUAACUUUUAUACAAUAUCAUUUACGAUGAAUAUAACAACAAAGAGAACAUUAAACGCAUUUAAUAAAUAUAUAAUUAAACUGGUAUAGUAUAAUAUAAAUUUAGAAUAAUAUAAAUUGUUAAACAAUACAUUCACAUCAGAUAUGAAAAGAAAGUUCUCUAGAAUAUUAAUAUAGGUUCCUUUUUUAGGCGCACAUGCUACACAAGCAUGGACGUAGGAUAAUAAUUAUAACAAGUAAUAAUUUCACAACUAUUGUUCUCGAUCAUACGUCUAUGCAGCAUCAAAAAAGGCAUGGAUAUUGUUAUUACUACGUCCAUACGUAUAUACGUACGUAUGUAUGUAUAUAUGUAUGUAUGUAUGUAUAUAUGUAUGUAUGUAUGUAUAUAUGUAUGUAUGUAUGUAUGUAUGUAUAUAUGUAUCUCUAUAUAGUAUAUACUAGUUUAUUACGUUUCUCAUUUUCAACACGAAAUAUCUAUGAUAUUUAAGUAUAUAAGCUGGCAGUAGGGCAAACAAAGUAUACAUUAUACAAUAAAUUACAAUUCGCAGAAUA